CUCGGUGCCCUGGCCGCUGUGCUGGAUGACAGCUAUCCGGCGCCGAAACAACGAUAGACGCUCAAACGACAGAGCCAUGGCGGCCACGGGUGGAGGGAAAAUUAGAAGCAGGAGAUAUCACAUCGCCUCCAAACCUUACGCCAAGAGUAAACAGCAGCAGUCAGGCAUCAUCAGUCGGGUGACGGACACAGUAAAGAGCAUCGUUCCUUCCUGGCUGCAAAAAUACUUCAAGAAUGAAGAUGCUACUGAAGGAGAGGGGGCUGUACAAGGGACAGGCCAGAAUUGCCAGCCGCCGCCGCCUCCGCCUCCUCCUCCUAAUGGCAGUGAAGAGGGACCUCCUCCCCUUGAUGGACGUGACUCCCCGGAACCUAGCACCAGUAACACGGAGCCCUCCACCAGUCGGGCAUCGCUGAACUUUCAGGAGUAUGUCCUUUCUCGACCCCCUCUGAGUCGCUCCCACCUUCAUUUUGCCCCGCUGGAGGCUUCCUCUCCAAAUCUGGUGGCUUCCAGCAGCCUCUUCUCCCCGCCCUCCACCUCCUCAGCCCCUGGACCCUUUUCCACAGGCUUCUCCUUGGUGAAAGAAAUCAAGGACAACCUCUCACAGCAUGAAGAUGAUAACAUCUCCACCACAAGUGGGUUCUCCUCCCGCGCCUCUGACAAAGAUGUCCCCGCUUCAAAAACAGCAUCACUGCCCCAGCUUUGGUCCCCAGAGAUGGACAGAACAAACUCUGGGCCUCAGCCUUCCCAGUCCAGUCUGAAAAAGCCUGCUUUCAACCUCUCCGUUUUUGGAUCGUCUUCCAAUUCAACAUUUAACGGCACAGUGCUGAACUCUAGCCAACUUGGAGAUUCACCGUUCUACCCUGGGAAGACCAUGUAUGGUGGGGCAGCUGCGGUCAGGAGCUCUCGCUCACGUCCUGGAACACCAUACCAGGCUCCAGUGAGGAGACAGAUCAAGGCCAAGCCUGCUGGAGCUCAGCCCUGCGGGGUGACUAGUGCCACAGCCAGACGCAUCCUGCAGUCCUUGGAGCGCAUGUCAAGCCCUCUGGCUGAUGCCAAGAGAAUCCCAGCAGCAGCAUCCCCCCUGUCACCAUUGAUGGACGGCCCAAAUCACGAUGUUCCUUAUUUCCAGUCAAAAAGGAAACGGAUGGAUUCUACCCUCCCACCGGUUCAGAGAUUGGUGGUUCCUGCUGCAGCCUCAGUGUCAGGAAACCGCUCCGUGUCCUUCAGGCCGACUUUGACUCCAGGAGGAGUGAGCCGAAACCUGGACAGGACCCCAAGAGAGACGCCUACAAGACAAUCACCUCAGUUACCGAAAGCAACCCCUUUUUCUCAAAGCACAAUGGGCUCCAGUGUCCCAGCCUAUCCUCUCUCCAGCACGCCUGCAGCCAGCAGCAUCAGCUCUGGAGGGGGCAAGAUGAAGAGGGAGAGAACCAGUACACGACCUUCCACCAAACGCCUCGAGGAGGAUGAGGUGGUUGAGGUUCCUGACCUUCCAGCCAUUUCACUUCCGAUCAGCUCCUCCACCUUGCCCACCUUCAGCUUCUCCACCCCUCCUCCACCCCCAGCUACCAGCUACACUGCCUCCACUGUCACUGCAGUUACUCCCGCCAAGGGCACGUUCGCAAACAAGGAGCCUCCAACAGCCUCGACACCCCUCUGUGUACCUUUUACAUUUUCCUCCCCUAUUGUGAAAGCAACUGCUGCGAGCCCACCUUCCUUUUCCCCUUCAGCUGGAUUUACUUUUAGUGCUCCUGUAGCAAAGUUGGCUCCCACAAUGUCCAAUGGGAAGCUAUCCACUCCCAUAGCAGUAGCAGAAGAAUUUGAAGGACCCUUCAAACCAGCCAAGGCCCUGAAGCAGGGCAGUGUGCUGGAUCUUCUCAAAGCACCUGGCUUUGCCUCUCCUGUUGCUCAGCCCUCCUCAGGCCCAGACAAUUCUCUUCAGCCGACCUCCACACAAUCCACUGCCUCCUCCUCCUCCACCUCCUCCUCCACCUCUUCCUCCUCCCUGUCUUCUUCAACAGGGUUUGGAGAUUUUUUCAAAUCCCCGUUAAACUGGACCUGUGAUGUCUGCUUGGUGCCGAACAAACCAUCAGAUGCUAAAUGUGUUUGCUGUAUGGCCCCUCAGCCCAACUCCUCCUCAUCAAAACCUAUGGACAGUAAGCCUUCACCCACAACCUUUGUCAGGCUGGAGAGCAGCAGCAGCAGCAGCAGCAGCACGAACACCACCUCCUCAACAACUACGACCACCACAGGUUUCGGUACAAUGUUCUCGAAACCUGCCGGAACGUGGGACUGUGACACGUGUCUUGUUCUAAACAAACCCGAGGCAGUAAAGUGUGUGGCCUGCGAAACGGCCAAACCCGGAACGGGACUGAAACCCUCACUGACUCUUCCUUCUGCCUUCUCAGCUGUAAAGACUGUUGCCCCCCCCACAGCCCCUGUUUCCACAGGGUUCGUCGGGUUUGGAGACAAGUUCAAAAAACCCGAGGGUGCAUGGGAAUGUGAUACAUGCUUGGUAGAGAACAAGGCGGAAGACACAAAGUGUGUGGCCUGCAUGAGUGCUAAACCAGGUGCAGCAACAGCAACAUCUGCAGGAGCUUCAGUAGGAUCGUCUUCUUCAGCCAGCUCUGCUCCAGUUUUUGGGUUGGCGGAUAAAUUCAAGAAGCCAGAGGGUGCCUGGGACUGUGACGUCUGUCUCGUACAAAACAAGGCUGCUGACGUACAGUGUGUUGCUUGUCAAACAGCCAAACCUGGAGCUAACGUGGAGCCCAAAGCUUUUGGUUCAUCAGCUGGUGGGACUUCAGGCUCCUCUACCUCUGGAGGUUUUAAAUUUGGCACGUCUGACAGUACCUCAGGGUCUGGAUCUGGAGGUUUCAAGUUUGGCACGUCCGACAGUACCUCAGGGUCUGGAUCUGGAGGUUUCAAGUUUGGCACGUCUGACAGUACCUCAGGAUCUGGAGGUUUCAAGUUCGGAGGCUCAAAUUCAGAACUCUCUUCUUCUUCCGGUGGAUUCAAAUUUGGAAACCAAUCUGGAAGCUCCUCAUCAGAAACCACUAAGGACACUAGUGCCUCAUCAGGGUUCAAAUUCGGCAGCUCAAGCGAGGGCUUUAAAUUUGGGACUGCCUCUGAUGAUGACAAAAAGUCAGACCAGCCGAGUACAGGUUCUGGGUUAAAGUUCGGAGCCAGUGGUGGGAUAAUGUUUGGAACGGGAUCAUUUAGCACAGAAAACAACACUUCUAAGGGUGGCUUCACCUUUGGACUGUCGAAAACUGAAGAGAAAAUAUUGGACACCCCCACCUCAUCCUCCGCUAGUUUCACUCCUCCUGCUCCCCCUCAAGGAAAGAGUGAGAGUGCUGCAUCAUCAGACGACACCACUUCAGCAAACAACAACGCAACCACCACCACAACAGCCACCGCUGGGUCGGUGUUUGGGAGACUGGGAAAGCCAACUAUGGCAACCACCACACCACAAGGAGGUGCUACGUUUGGAUCCUUACAGACAGACAAAGAGCCAGCUGCUCCCACCUUUUCCUUCGGGAAGCCCGAGGAAAAGAAAGAACGCGCUGCUUCCCCAGCUCCAUCUUCGUUCCUCUUUGGCCCUGCGAGUAAAGAUGCAGAUGCCACACCAGCACCGGCCCCUUCAAGUGGCUUUUCCUUCAGCAAGCCCAGUGCAUUAACAGACCAACCUCCGCCCCCAUACCCCUUUGGCAAGGCAGCAGACAAGAGCAUAACAUCUGUUGCAGAGGCUCCAAAGCCCUCCUUCACCUUUGGACAAAGUGCUACAGAUUCAGCUGCUGCUGGUCCGAAACCAGCAUUUUCCUUUAUAGCUAGCAAUCCCACCAACACCACCAACUCCACCACCUCGUCCUCCUCCAUCCCGACCCCCAGUCUCUUUGGCAGCAGCAGCAGCAGCAGCUCCACCCAGGCUCCAGCUGCUUCUGCAGCUCCCAGCACUUUCAUGUUCGGUCAGCCUGCUGCAGCCUCCACUGACGCUCCUCCAGCCAAAGCCUUCGUCUUUGGACAGAACCAGGACAGCCAGCCGCCUGCUCCAUCAGCAGCUCCUCUGAACUCGGUUCCAGCCCCAGCUACAGCUCAGCCCUUCAUCUUUGGUGUUUCUGCCAAAGCUGCUCCCCCUGCUGCUGCUGCUGCUGCUGCUGCUGCUGCUGCUGCUGCUCCUCCUCCUCCAUCCUUCAGUUUUGGAGCACCACCACCUGCUGCCUCAUCCUCUGGUCUGUCUCUUGCUCCGUCUACGGCCCCCUCUCCGUUUGCCUUCAGUUCAGCCCCCGCUGGUGGCUUUGGGGCCAACCCGACUCCUUCAUUUGGCUCAUCUUUUGGUACCUCCUUCACAGCCGGGCCCCCCCAAGCCCCUGCCUUUGGGGCCAGUUCUGAAGCUGCCCCCGUGUUUGGACAGCAGGUGAACUCCACACCUGUAUUUGGGGCAGCGGCUAAUUCUGCACCAGGUGGAGGCUUUCAGUUCGGAGGAGCCAGCGCAUUUGGAGUCACGAACAACACCUCGGGUGUGUUUACUUUUGGAGUAGGUUCAGCAGCUUCUCCCGCUCCCUCUGCCAACCCCCCCAUCGCACCCCAGCCAGGAACACCUGGAGGUGGAUUCAGCUUCGCACAACCACCAUCAUUUAACAUUGGGUCGACUAAAUCCUUUGUCGCCUCCCCUGCUGGACAGCAAGCUAUCGCAGGACGCAAGAUCAAGACGGCAGUGCGGCGCAGGAAGUAGAGCUGUGUGGACUCGACUAGAAAGCAGACGUGACUUUGACUUGACUUAUAUCCCCACUGAAGGCUGAAUAAAGUGCUGGAAGGUCUCCACUGGACAAACACUGAAUUGACUUUGCAUGUGAAGACGGGACGAGGCUUGGGGGGGGGGGUUGCUGCUUUAUGCUCGAGCUGGAACGGGUGGGGCCGAAGCUUUCACAUGUAGACCAGAGCCGUUAAUAUGUGAGACCAUCCCACAGGACUUGUCAUGAGAAAAACUCUUGACUGUGCAA